GUACAGUCAACCUGCGAGGCCACCAGUCGUGGUGCAAGCCCGAGGGCGGACACUGGCACCACAAGCCGCCAUGUGGGCCGUGGCGAUCAGUGGCGACGAGGCUCCAGCUGAGGCAACAGUUGGUUCAUCGCUCGCGCCUGAAUCGUGCGUCCUUCUGCAAAAUCCCCCGAGAAGAUGGUUCGCUCCCCGCUGAUGGUCGUUCGGUCGUUGAUGGUGCUUGGGAUCUGUAGCGGAGCUUACAGCGAUUGCUCUCCUGGGUUCCUAGAGUGUGCUACAACGACUGAAUGCAUCAGUACGUCAAAGAUUUGUAAUGGCCUAAAGUGAUGCAGUGACUACUCAGACGAAUACAUCUGCACCGGAAACAAGAUAAAAGUAUUUCCUUCUACCACAAUGACCACUACUACUACAACCACCACAACUACCACGACGCCCGCCCCCACCCCUCCCCCACCCAACAACGUGGAGGAGAGCGAGGCGCUGGGUCAGAAGUUCGCUCGGACCUUCAACGACACACUCCACCACCCAAGAUGCCCCAAGCUCUACACCAGCGUCGGGAACAAGUGCCUCUCUCUCCUCUACUUCGUCAAGGUCGGCUGGGGGGAGGCGAGGGCCCUGUGCUCGGCCGUCGGUGGGGAGCUGGUUCGCUAUCCUUCUGCCUCCGACGGGGAGUUCGCUGCUCUCCUGAAGUACCUGCGGGAGAUAGGGAUGACGACGGACUUCUGGGUGGGAGGCAGGUACACGAAGGACACCGAGGCGUGGACGUGGCUGGACGACGCCCCGAUGGACCUCGGCUCGCCCUACUGGGCCGUCAGACACACAGACAGUUGCAGCAGCCGCCAGCCGGAGUCGGCGCCAGACGGCAAGCCUGAGGACGUCGCCUACUGGACCAACACUUCGGCCUGCUACCACUACGAGCAGGCGCCCCGGCGCGACUCCCACGAGCUCUGCGCCGCCGUCACCUUCCGCCACUACUUCUACAUGAGCGACGAGGACUGCCUCAGCGUCAGGAGCCCUCUGUGUGAACAUGUUCCCAGCACCGCCCAUGACCUCACGCUCGCUGGCAAUCCGUGAGCGCCGGCCGCUUUUCAGCUCGCCAGAAUGAGCUAGCUUCACAGUACUACUUAAGGUUUCUCGUAUCUUACUAAUCAGUCAGUUAUAUUUUCAAAAUAACACCAUAUAUCUUGUAAACUCAGCUACAAGAUAAUUGCACUGUUAUAUAUCUUUUGUAAACGUUAUGGUUAUAUUAUAAGACUUAUAUUGCAGAGAAAUUUUGAAAAUGCAGCUGCAAAUAAUAUAUGUAUAAAAUAUACACUAACUAAAAAAAAUAUAUAUACUUAUAUUCACUGCAUGUAAAUGUAAAUAUGCACAUGUAUCUUUACACCCACCCAUAUAUAUUACUGUGUAAGUGCGUGUAUACAUAGGGAUAUAAUCUAGACACAAAUACAAUAUAUGUGCAGCAUAUACUGUGCGUCGCCGUGUGUUUUACGAGUGCGUUCGCCAGUUUGUAAAAAAUCGUACUAGUAUCAGUCAUUACUCCAGUAAUAUGCCCAUGAAUAGAAUUUUGUAAUAUCAAUUACUCUCAAGUAUCGAGUGCUUCACUGUGCUUCCGUGUCACAGAACAUUAACUGUCCUGAACCUUGGGCGUCAGAAUGUCAACUUGUGAUCGAAUUCAUCAGACCAGUAACUGUUGCAAAGCAUCUGUAAGCGAAAUUGGUUUAGGGAAGAUAGUAGCGCGACAUAAGACGGAGGCGUUCGGGGAAGCGAAAUGCCUGCCCAGAGAUUAUAUAACUAUAUGAAUGUACACUGCCACUUUCUUAAUAAAAUACUACAACCCACUGUUA